UGUAGUGCGCAUACGUAUGUGUGAGUGUGUGCGUGUAUGAGUGCGAUUGAGAUUCUAUGGAGAUUUUUUUUUAAUUAUACACACUUCAGCUUCAUCGUCCAUCUGUCGUUUGGAGUAAGAUUAACAUUGAUUUUACCCAUAUGGAUUUUAAAAACGUUUUUUGAGGAAGAAUGUCACUGUCGCUGAUCAAUUCAACACAAUACAGGAAUUAAAUAGUUCGAUUUAAUUAAAUUACCUUCAUCAGAGUAAUGGAUGUCUAGACCAAGUUAUGAGACUUUUCUUAUUUUAACUUUAAACAGAUCUGUUUCCUUGUGCACUGAGAUCUGCUGUUGUUUUAGCACUGGAACUCAUGAUCGUUGUUUAUUUGUGUUUCAGCAUGAGUUUGUUUGCAUGGAGCUGAACAUUUCUGAAUAGACUCAUUGACUGUUCUUAGAAAGAGCUGAUCAAUCCUGAGCUUAUGUAUCAGAUAUGAAUCUGUAAUUUGAAGACGUGAUCUCUAAGAAAGCUGAGAACAAUCAAGGAAAGACAGAAUGCUGAAGACCCUUACUAAAAAACUCAGAAGACACUCUCUAAAUGAGAUCCAUCCUUUUCAACUAAAGAUUUCCUACCAUGGCAGUGAGGAAGGGGGGGAGAGUGAAGAUUCAGAAGGCGAAAACCAAGAGCUGGCACAGAUUGACAGAGAGCGUCGACGAAACUGCGCCUUGACCCCUCUAGCUACUAGCCAGCAGCACAAUCAGGGCAUUCUUUCUCCCGCCCACUUACGCCGUCUCCGUUUACUCCUGGACCCAAUCUUGGACCAUCACAGUUCUGAAGAGGAGCUGGAGCGCAUCGCAGGGGCCACGGGGGCUGAGGGGGGUCGAAAGUGGCACAGACAUGGAGACAUGAGCAGCACCUCUAGUGACGAGGAGGUGAAGGACCUGUGUGGGCCAAAUGAAUCGUCGGCUGGACCUCGCUUGAGCGCCACUUCUCCAAGCCCUGUUCUCUUCAGCUCCUCUCCUCCUCGAGCUCUCAAGCCUUCCCACACCCCAGCCCGCCUUCCUGUCCGGCCCAUUAUUCUCAGCCACUUUGAACAACCUUCCAUGCCUUAUUGGCGGCACCGGCCCGCUUACACAGGGGAACCAGGUCGCCCCAGCUUGGACCUGGAGAAAAUGCAGCAGAAAAUGCUUCUAAAAAAGAACUGUGGAGGGAAAACAAGGACUAUCAAGAUUCGGAACCUGAGUGGUGGUCGUCACGCACCCCGAUACUCCUACGAUCCAUCCAUCUUCGCUUUCCGCCCUCUGAGCAACGCUCCGCCUUGCAGCCCCCUGCUGACUGCCGAGGAACCUCCAUGUGCUUGAAGGAAAGGACUGGAAACUCGCAGACAAAACAUCACACAUUUGUGGACCAAAAAAUCCCAACAUAAAGACAAUGUAUCUUUGCAUUGCUUUUAUUUUGCAGGAUAUUAGUGUGAACAAAGGCCCUGUGAUAAGGCCUGUUGACAAAACAGGAAGUGUGAUCGGGGCCAGAAUGUAGGAGAGGAAUGAGGAGACGGCAACCUUUUGCCUUUAUCCGUCUCAUCCUCUCUUUCUCUCAGGAAACCCACUUAGAACUUAUUAUAAUGACAAGGCCAUGACCACUGCGCUAUCUAUAAAACCACAACCAAAUGGUUUGGUAUCUCUGAUGUGUUUAAGAGGAGUGAGGAGUGAUUGGUCAGUGGUUCGUAGAUAACGUCUCAAGAUUGGGCCACAUGGUUAUGUCGAGACCAUCGGAUUAAGAGUAAAAUGUAAGACCACAUUUAGGCAAAAUGUGAUGAGAGACAAUCAGUUUGAUGCCAGAAUGGGCCUUAAUUCAUUUUUGAUAAAAGAGUUUUUCGAUCUAUAAACAGUAUAAACUGGAAAGCUAACAAUCAGAUCAACAAUCAGAUCAGACAAUCAGAUAUAAUGACAACACAGGCCAGAUAUUCCAAGUCAUUGUUCAAUUUCAGAUGUUAUGCAAGUCUGACCAUAACAAUGUAUCAGUAAUCAGAGCUGAUUAUCUGAUGUGUAUUCCAAAGUAAUUAAAUCUUAAAUGAAGAAUGAGAAAAAAAAAAACACUAUACUAAAAUCAUAUAUUAAACAUGCGCCUUACUAUGUAGCAUACUCAGUACUAUGUACCUACAUACAAUGACUUUUACCAUCGAUAUCUAGUUUAUGAAAUAUUUUGACACUGUUUAAACACACCAGGGAUGAAAUCAUACACACAGUGGCUGAAUUGAAUACUAGUGUACUGCAUACUGCAAAAUACACAUUGUAUACAGUGUACUAUUUUUAAAAAAUAUAAUGUGAAACAUGGGUACAUUAUAUUUACAACAAAUGUUUGAAAACAGUAUGUUGUUUAUAUUGGAAAAAAAAAAAAGGGUUAGUUUGCAUUAAUUAAUUUCUGGAAAAAAUCUUUUGGUUUAUUAAUCACAUUGGAAAUAGAAGUUUAAGUCGAACAUAGUAUGACUUAAAUGUGAGAUAUAGUAUUUUCCAGAAAAUGUGCAUACUGUUCACACUAUACAAACAACAUACAGCAGAAAUAAUAAGAUGAGUAUGCUAGUAUACCGUUCCAAACAUAGCCUUUGUGUUAUCCUUCUGACGUGUAGAAAAUUAAGUACAGAACUCGACAUGUGAUCUUAAAUAUGGACAGCAGGAAUCCUAUCCAUAUUUCAGAACCAAUCCUUCUGAGCAUUUUGAUUGUGGAUGUAAUGUAUUUAGCAGCAUACUUCAAUACUUUUUACUGAAUGUAAACUGCAGUUGUAACCCAUGUAAGGGUCAAUAAGCUAGGCCAACCAGAGGGUGAACAAUAUUUUUGAAAUAUAGAUGUGGGGCAUAUAGUGCAGUACAUGCUUGCAACAUGUGAAAAUUUGUCCUUUUCUGUCUCUAUGCCUCAAAUGAGGGGAAUAAAUAUUU